AUGAGUUGGAUGCUCUCUUUUGGGGUGGCUGUGGCCCUGCUGGCUCUCUGUAGGGGACAGGACACUGUGAAUGAAGGAAAUAGCCUGUCUCUGUCUGGCUACCACCUGUGCACUCAUAAUGAAACAAAGAUUGUGAGUUUCCUGGUGGUGCACAAGGUUCCCUAUUCAGUGUCAAAGUCUUGUGGCGGUUGGCUCCUCUGGAAGACUUGUAAUGUCACAAUGUAUAGGAUGAUCCAUCAGACUGAGUACAAGCUGGUGACGGAGCAGGUGAUGGGAUGCUGCUCUGGCUAUGUGCAAGUUGGUCGUUACUGUGCCCUGCCUGUAAACAGGAGUGGUGAGUUUAGUUCCAAGCCAGGAUCCUGUCCAACUGCAGAUGGAUUGCAUCCCAGUUCUGAGGAGUGUGACUUGGAUAUAGACUGUCCAGGCUGGCAAAAAUGCUGCCAGAGAUCUCACCACUCUUCCUGCAGUGAUCCAGCAACAAAUUACUCUGAGAAUGGAGGAAACCAUUUGAAUGCAACAGUGACAGUGAAGACAGACUACCAGCAACUGAUGUCCAAGAAUGAAGGGCUUCUGAAUCACACAAGGCUGCUGCAAGCAAUGGUGACUGGAGCUCUGCAGUCUGAUGUUUCUGUCUAUUAUCUCAGCACAUGGCCUGUGCAUCCCUACAGAACUGCCACCUCUCUGCUGAUCGAGUGUAACUUCACUCUCUCGUUGUACAACGUCACAUCGAAGCUGCAUCGUCUUCUCGAACACAUAGAGGAAGUGUCUUCGAUAGCAGUGCAAGAUGUAGACGAGUGUGCACAUUCAGCUCUUCGUCAGUGCUCGCUUUGGGCCGACUGCAACAACACAGUGGGUUCUUAUGAGUGCGUCUGCCACCAAGGUUACAUUGAUGUUGACCCGAGCAACCCUGGAGCCCACUGUUCAGCUGACACUGGAGUGUGGACCACCGCUGAGCCCACCCUGACCAGCCCUGCAUUGAUGAACACAACCUAUCCCCCUGCUUCCAAUCGCAUACAAGGCCCUCCUGGCAACAACACAACAGAUUUCUUCACAUCCACUGAGAUCAGCAUGACUGCAGCUCCGAGUAAUACGACCUCUGUCUCUUCGAAUUCAUCACAAGCUUUGCUGUGGACGAGUUCUGCAUCUCACAGCCAAAUGAAUACAGCUGUGGAGUCAGCUCUUCCAGCGACAACAUGCUCUCCCCCCAGCAUCAGCAGCUUAUGGUCUGCUAAUGUUACUGGAACGUCCUUCUCUGUCUGCUGGUCCAAUCAUGCUAAGACAAAACAGAUUUACCUGGUUGUUCUAAGAAAAGGGUCAGAGGUCAUUCAGACUCAGAAAAUCAAUGAUACCACGAUAGAGGUGAGCGGACUGAAGCCCGGACUGCUCUACAAUGUUACCGUCACACCUCGUGCCUGCGGAAAUCAAGGAGCCCCUCUUCACAUCUCAGUAAAAACCUACGCUCAGACUCUCGAUGCCACAACACGACUUACCAACAUAAAGUUCACAGCUGACCUCCAGAACACCAGCAGUCAGGCCUACAAAACCCUCAGUGAGAGUAUAACAGAAGAGAUCUACCAGUCUCUGUCUCCAGAGGUGAAAGCCAUGGUGGAUUCAGGCCAGGUCAGAAUCGAGAUCAGAAACUUUUUCCGGGGGAGCGUGAUGGUCAACUUCACCAUAGUGUUUAUCCCAAGUCAAAGCCUGGACAUAAGCAAUGUGUCCACAGCAGUUCUGGAGUCCCUGACGAACAGUUCGACAUACACAGUAGAUCAAAACAGCACAAGUCUAAAUGAUUUUAAUGAAUGUGCUUUAGGGGAAAAUGAUUGUUCCCAGUCGGCCACAUGUAAUAACACCUGGGGCUCCUAUACAUGUGUUUGCCUGUUCGGGUUUACUGACAACGACCCAGAGAGACCUGGACGGGUCUGCCAAGCACCUACAACCUUAGAAACAGCGACACCACCCCUGACAACAGGAAUAACACCCUCAGCCACUGAGCCAGCUGUAACCACUUUAACUACUGCUCCAGAAAUAACCACAGACAGUAUAUCAACAAGUCACAUGGUUUUCACAACAAUCUCAACUGUUGCUCAAGCUUCCACCAUCACUACCCCGACAACCAGUACUUCCCUAACAGCCAUUCCCGCCUCUACAAUUGCCACAACAACUGCUACCAGCUCAACAAAAAGUACCACUGCUCUGGGAUCUGCCACCGAUGACUCUAUCCAAGAAGCCCUCUCAGUCCAUUGCAGACUUGCGGCCAUCACUGUGACUGUCACUAAGAAUUUUCUUCAGAGCUCCAUGAUCCAGGAGAGUGCACUUUACUUGGGCACGGUGGGCUGUGGCAUCAAUGGCGGCAAUGACACGCACAUGGAGCUGACCGUGGCGUGGAAUGAGUGCGACACUAAACUUGUGCAUAAUGAAACCCACUACAUAGCCUCUGUAAACCUGUUUAACACUAUGGAUCCAUACACUUCACCAACGGGAGCAACAGAGGUGCCCAGAAAACAGCUGGAUGUCCCAAUCAUGUGUACCUACAUGAAGAGCAUGCUUAUUUCUGCAGACCUUAGCUCCAUGGGGUAUGACAUAAUUAAAGACCUCAUUGUCACAGGAUCGGGGUCAUUCCAGGUGAGCGUGCAUCUGUUGGACGGUGCAGUGCCUCUGCCUUACAACUACAGCCUGUCCCGUGAGCAGCCUGUGGUAGUGGAGGUCGGACUCAACACCUCCUCAGAUCAGAUUAAAGUAGUCAUCAACAAGUGCUGGUCCACUCCCACCCCAAACCCUGUAGACGCCUACAGCCAUGUCUUCCUGGAGAACAGCUGUUCCCUGAAUACAUUCACCAAAGUGAUGAUGAACGGGAACUCCGGCACGUCCCGUCUGUCCGUGCAGAUCUUCUCCUUUGUCAACCUGAAGGUGAUCUAUGUGCACUGCAAGGUUCAGAUCUGCCUGCAGACUGAAUCGAAUAGCUGCGUGCCAGACUGUCACCAGAGAACAGCUCGAUCUGUAAAUGCGCUUGGAACAAGGUUCGGUUCAGCUGGGCCUCUGAUCAAUUCAGAUGAAGAGCCCUUGGAUAAGGAGCUGAGCACUCUAAAUGUAGCUGGGCUUUCCAUUCUCGGAAUUUGCUUGUCGCUCUUCUUCAUCUGUUCCCUCGCCUGCCUCUUCUACUGCCAGAGGAACCGCAUCGGACACUACAAUUUUAACGUCAAACCCAAAGAGGAGAAAUUCACCUACCUUGUCUUUAACACCUAAUGACAGCCCCUGCACCCACAGGCACACAAUUAGAAGAGAUUAGACGUGCUGUCGCUGCUUUUACACUACACCUGCCACCAUGUGUCACUGUUGCACCAGUCACCCUUCAUCGUGUACGUGAAUCUAUUAUGUACAGUUUGAAUUUAAAUUCCACCUGCGCCUUCUUUGUAUAAUUAAGAUAUUCAAACGAUAGAGUGGUUGUAUACAGGGAUGUCAAAUGUAGAAACUAUCAAUAUUUCAUGCAUGACAUAUUUAAUGACUGCAGAGAAUCAGAUACCAAAUAACUAUGCAAGUUUUGGUCUCCGUAUCCUAUUCUUAUAGUCAAACGUGUUCAUAGCUGCCU